AGGGGAGGGUUUGGCCGUGGUAGGCCGCCAUUGUAAAAUAAGAAUUUGAUCUUAACUGACUUGCCUAGUUAAAUACAUGUAAAAAAAAAGAGAACACUUAGGCUGCCAAAUUCUGAUUUAAAAUAAUUAUUCACUAAUAGUUUUUUUGACCAAUCAGAUCAGCUCUGAAUUUUUUUUGAAAAGAUCUGAUGUGAUUGGUCAAAAGACCAAAAAUAUCAGAAUUGGGCUGCCUGUGUAAAUAAAGCCUGGAUUGUUGCAAUAUUAAAAAUACAUAAUAAUUGCAGUCCACAAAACACAAAAGGGUUGUCUCUGGGCUUACCUCUUCAUGUGUAGAAGAUGAAUGACAGGGGUCUGUGUCAAAUUCAUUGCUAAAUCCUUUACUGCUGAGAACAACUGAUUUGCCUAGUUAAAUAAAGGUAAAAUAAAAAUAAAUAAAAAACAUCAAGCAGGUGUUUAGGCCUUCCUGUCCGUUUCCACCAUAUCAGUCAAUGGGACAGGGCUUGUGUGGGACCCUCAGAGGACGGUGACAGGGCCAGGUAGGAGAGCUCCACGAGUGGCACGCCCAGAGGAAGGUGGCAGGGCCUGUGGAUGAGCUCCAUGUCAGCCCUUUCUGUAGAUAGAUUUCUCCUGUACUGUCUGUUGUGGGUUUGACCCAGUGUGGCCCCGCCCCGGUCCGGUCUUGGCCUGUCUUGUCUUAGCAUGCCUAAUUGGAUUUCAACUCGAUGGUGUUUCCUGUCCAGCUGGCAGCGCCUCCCAUUCAAUAAUACCUCUCAGAGAAAGAAAGAAAGAGAGAGAGAGAGAGAAAGAGAGAGGGAAUUCAGGGAAGAUGAACAGAGACUUAGUGUCUCUAUGUAUGCGUGUUUGUUCGUUAAAAGUUUAACGGGUGGAACCGGAGUCGGUCACAAGAGAUGCUGUGUGGGUUUCCAAACAGAAAACCUUAUCAAAAGUGAUUGUUCCAUGGUUGAGAGUGAGAGGAGAGUGAUAUUGAGUGAGAGAAAGAGAGAAAGUCCAAGAUGGUGAAAGUGGAAGGGAGAGAGAAGGAAAGAAAGCUAAGACAGGCUGCAAGCUAUACUAAUGACGGUCGAGAUGGAGAACGUCGCAGAGAAAGAGAGAAAGAAAGCCAAGACAGGAUACAAGCGGUACUGAUGAAGUCUGUGGACAGUCAUGAUUACUAUCGAUUCAGAGCCAGAUUAGGAGCAGUCUUAUCACGAUCCACAGACAGACAGACAGAAAGACAGACAGGGAUAUCCCAACCAUGAUUUUAAGUACUGAUUUCACGUUAUUACGAUGCAUUUGCUUUACUUAAAAAGCAACCUCUGGAUAUCCACAUGAUGUCUUUGUUCAUUUUUUAUAGGUUAGUGUGCAUUUGAAUCACUGAGGCUGGAGGCUUAUAUCUCCCGACACUAACUUUAAGCUUCAGCUUACCAAUCACCUGUACACAGCCCAUCUGUAAAUAGUCCACCCAACGACCUCAUCCCCAUAUUGUUAUUUAUUUGUGCUCUUUUGCACCCCAGUAUCUCUACUUGCACAUCAUCAUCUGCACAUCUAUCGCUCCAGUGUUAAUACUAAAAUGAAAUUAUUUUGCGACCAUGGCCUAUUUAUUGCCAUACCUCCCUAGUCUUACCACAUUUGCACACACUGUGUAUAGAUGUUUCUAUUGUGUUAUUGACCGUACGUUUGUUUAUCCCAUGUGUAACUCUGUGUUGUUUUUGUCGCACUGCUUUGCUUUAUCUUGGCCAGGUCGCAGUUGUAAAUGAGAACUUGUUCUCAACUGCCUACCUGGUUAAAGAAAGGUAAGAAGAAAAACAUUGCAUAUACAUUUUUAGUAUCCUGUUUUGAAUGUACACUUUUCUUUACACUAUAAAACCUCAUAAACAACUUUUUAAAAACAAACAUCCUUUAUCUAUCACACUGCUGGAAAAUGUUAACAAUGCUGAAUGUAAUUUUUUAUUAAAAAAUGAUUUAACGAUUGACUACAUCAAUGUCUGCUGCUGGCCUAUGUUUGUACUGUAUUGUGGAGAAAUGCUAUAAUGAUCAGCCUUUCCUCCUCAAUAAAACAGCCAGCUGUUAUUUCCUCUUAACUCCACAUCGACAUCUCGUCUCCUGUGCUGCUGCGCCUCCAAUAAAACCCGCUUUAAAAUUCCUCCCUCACUACAACCCCCUCCAAUAUCCUGUCCUUUUCUCUUUCUCCCCCUUGGCCAAUUCGCGUUCACUCUUUCUCUGCCGCCUUCCCCUUCUCUUGGGCCCCUGCUCCCUCUGCUCUCCUUUCACUCUCCACAGUCCCCCCCUUCUUCACCUCUUCACCCCCUGCACCCCUCUCUCUCCAUUUCCUCUCCUCCUUCCGUCACUCCUCUUUUGGUGCAUGUGUUGGCAGAGGAGGCUGGAGUAGGUAGGAGGCCUAGCUAGCUGCAUUAGCUCUAUGCAUUAUUAAUCUGCCCUGCAUUUUAUGUGGGUCUGGGUCUUUUUCCGAGCUGCGCACUGGGGACCAAGCCUGGUGAAAGAGCACUGUGUUUGGGACACAGGGCCUGGUGAUGGAGCUGCGUGUCAGGGCCAUUCAGGGAACAGGAGCCCCUGAAAUGAGAGAAUAGAGAGGCACUAAAGGAGUGUUUAAUCAUGUGUCUUUAUUCGAUAAGGCAAAGAUUUAUUCAGACUCAGCGCGCCACUAUAUUAGAUUUGCCUUUGUAGAAGUGCACAGAACAUGGUCUGAGCAUAUUUUGCUCACUUCAGCUAUUCACAGUUGACGUUUGUAUAAAAGAGUUGUCCUCCUUUUAUUAUUGCUGUAGCCUUGUUUGUCCGAGAUCCUCGGGGAUUAGCUUCUUUCAACCGCAGUGGAAUUCACAGUCUUUCCUCUAGCAGUUUCUAAAAGGGGCUAGUUGGUCCGUCUCUGAACUGGGUUGAUAUGCAAUUUUAAUUCAGACAGCCAGACACAGUUAGAGUGCCUCUUCUCCAUCACACCAUGAUGUGCUUUUCAGGCUACACUGCUUAGAUUGCAGCACGGAGGCCUGGGGGUGGGGAAAACAGUAGUGGCCUCUUUAAUAAAAAAACACAAUUCUGCUUGUACUGGUUCUAACAGGAGGAUAAAGACUAAAUGUCUGCUUGUUCAGUCAUUUUCUUAUGACAAACACGUUAUGAUGACAUAGCACUUUUGCAUUAUAUCACUUCACCCAGAAAAGGUCAUUGUUUUGCGAAAGGAAUCAAAAGGCAAUGGCAGUGUAACUGAUUGAUUUGUUGUUCCAUUCUGCACAGGUGACUACGGGUAUUAAAAAGUCUGAUUGGUUCUGAUGAUCACAGGGGCCCUCCUCCACCUCUUCUCGGCUAAUCCUGAUGGGACUCCGGAGCUGAUGUCACAGAAGGCAAGAGGGUUUUCCUGUUCGGGAAUCCAGAAGAGACAAUCCAUACCACGUUAAAUGGAGGAGAAGGAGAGGAGUAGGAGCCGGUCUCCGUCUCGUAGCCGUAGGGCCAGCCGGGUGCAGCAGGUGGUGGGCACGUUGAUCAGACGCACCCGAGAAUCACUCAGCAGAGAGCGGAUCCUUGGCGAUGGGAGAACCAACCGGUCAGCCAGCGUGUCCAGUCAGAACUUCCCGGUGAGGCUAACGGUUCAGAUCGUCAGAGACCCGGUGUUGGACUCCAGAGGUCAUGGGUUCACUCUCUCCAAACAGCACCCCCUGCUGGUCAGGGACGUGGCUACAGGUGGCCCAGCGGAUGGCAUACUGUACCCUGGAGACCAGGUGUUACAGAUCAAUGACCUGGUGGCAGAUGAUCUCAGCUAUGAACAGCUGCAAGACGUCACUAGGGACUUGGAGGACUCUGUCACAAUGACAAUCUUAAGGCACAUGACAGGUCCUAAGUCGUCCAUCAUGUCGGCGGAGAAGAGGGCUCGUCUGAGGAGUAACCCGAUCAAAGUGCGCUUCGCAGAGGAAGUGGUCGUUAACGGUCACACUCAGGGAAACUCUCUUCUGUUCCUGCCCAACGUUCUGAAGGUCUACCUGGAGAACGGACAGACCAAGGCCUUCAAGUUCGACGCCACCACCACCAUCAAGGACAUCGUUCUGACUCUGAAGGACAAGUUGUCCAUCUGCUGCAUUGAGUACUUUGCUCUGGUGCUGGAACUGCAGUAUAGCAUCACCAAGCUACUGCUCCUGCACGAGGACGAGCUUAUACACAAGGUGGUGCAGAAGAAGGAGAACAGUAGCCAUGACUACAAGUGUCUGUUCAGGGUGUGUUUCAUUCCCAGAGACCCCCUGGAUCUGCUACAGGAAGACCCCACCGCCUUCGAGUACCUCUUCCUGCAGAGCGUCGGGGACGUUCUACAGGAGAGGUUUGCGGUGGAGAUGAAGUGUAACACUGCACUGCGUCUGGCUGCCCUGCACAUGCACGAGAGACUGAACAGUAUAGGCUCCACCCGGACCUCUAUCAGGAGCAUCACGAAAGAGUUUGGUCUGGACAGCUUCAUCUCUCCCACUCUGCUCAGUAACAUGAGAGAGAAGGACCUGAGGAAAGCCAUCAGCCACCACCUCAAGAAGAUCCAGUCACUGCUGGAGCCACGACAGAAGGUUAUCUCAGCCACUCAGGCCCGGCUGGCCUACCUCACCCAGCUAGGAGAACUAAUCUCCUACGGAGGCCGCUCCUAUACGGCCACCAUGAUGCUGCAGGACCGGGAGGUGCUGGUCAGUCUGUUGGUGGGAGCGCGCUACGGCCUGAGUCAGGUGGUCAACCACAAGCUCAACAUGGUGUCCACCCUGGUAGACUUUAGCAGCAUCAGUAGAGUGGAGCUGCUCUCUGAGUCAGACAGAGUCAGCCUGCUACGUAUCUCACUGCACGACAUCAAGCCUUUUGCCUUACUGAUGGACUCUCUGGCAGCCAAAGAUUUGGCGUGUCUACUGGGGGGCUAUUGCAAGCUCCUGGUGGACCCCAGAGUGUGUGUGUUCCGUCUGAGACGCCCCAAGGUGCGGGUGCACAGGAUACCUGCUGAGGAAGGUGUGUGUGAAGGGAGGUUCGCCGUUAUUGAGGGAGUUUGCUAUGAAUCGCUGACAAGCUAUGUGUCCCGCUGCUGUAGUGACUCCGAUGACUCGUCAGACGAGGACUACCCCGCCGAGCCUCCGCCAACGCACACCCGCAAACGCCCCGCACCUGCCAGCAAAGACAGGGAGGGUUGGAGGAGAGAAGAAGAGGAGCAGAGAGGAGUGGAAGGAAAGAAAGAGAGAGCUGAGAAAGAAUACGAAGAGAAACAAGAGGUGAUGAUCAUUGAGCUGUCAGAGAAGGACAUGGAAGUCGAGGAAGAGAACGGAAGGGAAGUGAGAGGAAGAGAGAUCAUGCUAGGAAUUAAAGCUAACGCGGGAACAGUGGAACAGGACAACUGGUACCGCACAGAGCCGCGGGCCAACAGUAGCUUCUCCAGCCUGUCCAGCUGCUCUCUGAGGGCAGCCUUGGAGGAGAGCAGCCCUGCAGCUGCAGCCAGAGGAGGAGGCCCAGCCAAGGCCUCCUCUUGCUUGGUCGCCCUGCGUGAGGACAGCCCUUCUCUCCGGUCCCAACGUCCAACUCAGGGGACCACCAUCCUGGAUGUCCACCACCCGUUCCUCCUGGAGGUCACAGCUCCCUCUCCUCAGCGUCAGAGAGAGGGUGCCGCCGGCAGCACGGCCUCUGCCCCCGUACGCCCCAACAACCUGAGUUACCGCAGCAACGACAGCCCGUGCCUGUGCUUCACUGAACACUCCAAGGGCAGCUAUCUCCCCAGCCCCCCCGAGGCCACCAGCGACGAGGAGGAGACGGAGGAAGUUGACGACGAUGAGGAGGAACUGAGACGGCUCUCUAAGAUCCCAAGUCACGUAGACCUGCGCCUCAUCGACAAGAUCUGCGCCCAGUCUAACAAAACUUCUUCCAAAAACAAGUUAGACAUCCCCAGAGUCAUCCCCAUCCACAUCUCCUCCUGUGAAAAGAAGGCGGCUUGUAGCUCCACCCACAAAGGGGACGAGAGUCUAUCAAGUUACUCUGGAGAUUGCGGUCCUUUCCUAACGCCGUCCCCUAACGCUCCUCCUCCUGUUGCUAGGGAAAGUGCCUCAGAGUCAGACGAUGAGUUCUUCGAUGCCCAGGAGCGGUUCACUCCUCCAGUUCCUCCUGAUGGCACAGAAAACAGUUUGGAUGUGGCUGACAAUAAGAGACACCGUAAACGCUGGAGUGGCACAGGAAAUGGACUGCCAGUGGUACCAGAGAGGGAGCCUCCCUCACCCCUCAAAAAGAAGCACUCCUCACCUGACCACAAGAAACAGCAGGAGACCCAACGAGACCCGAAGCUCCACUCAAACCAGUCUUCCAUGCAGAGUGUCAAUGCCAAGACCAAACCUCCACCAUUGGCCCCCAAGCCCCAGCUACCCCCUAAACCUGAACUGGCCCCCAAGCCCCAGAUAGACCCCCAGAGGUCUCCCAAGUGUGGGGGUCCGUACGCCCACUGUAACGGGGAUGCUCGUGGGGGCCAGGCGGGGCUCUUGGAGAUAGACACCAUGGAGCCGGAAACGAUGGAGUUUAAAUCAGUCACCUCGGGGGCGGGGGGGCCUCCACUCUCCUCCCCCCUCAUCACGGCUGUACGGAAGAACCAGCAACCCCCUGCUGAAUCUCAGGCUGUGGAGAACGGGCUCAAGCAAGAGAACGGGACUAAGAUAGAGAACAGUUCUAAGCAAGAGCACAGUUCUAAGAUAGAGAACAGGACUCCUAACGUGCUUCCUAAAGAUGGUGUUCUGGUCACUGCUGACAAGCAGACAGCGAGUGUUGAAACUAAAACAAAUGGGAUUUCCCUGCCGAAGGGAGAGGUCGGAAAUGGGGUUGGGGUGGACCCCCCGAGAAAGCUGCAAAGCUUAUCCCCCAUUCCACGUUCGGCUUCAGGAGAUGAGAUCAGGUUGAGCCUUACCAGCCCUCCAGCACUCUCUCCCAGAACCUCCCCUCCUCCUCUUCAUCCCCUAACAGUCCUCCCCAUCCCGGUCUCACUGAAGGAGAAGGAGGGGGUGUCCCCACCGAACGGCCUCCACCCCUGGGGCAGCCGCAAUGGGAGCGCUCAGUCCGGGAGGAGGGUCUCUCUGAGUCACGAGAACCUGUCCCCCAAAAAUGCAGACGGCCCCCUCAGUCUGACCACCUCCCUCACCACCUCCUCUAAAGGGACAGCAGGAAUCCCAGAGAGCACAGGGAGGUCAGGGUCAGGUUCAGACCUGAGGGUCAGUUCUUCCAGCCUGGGGGGCCGUCUGCCUACCUCAUCCCUGAGAGGGCGGAUCCAGGCCCUGCCCUGGUACAUGACCCGCUCCCAGGAGAUCCUGGGUACUCUGGACUACCCCUCCACCAGCUCUGUCAACGAGGAUGUCACGUCUGGGUACGGCUCCGGUCUGUCUGUCAGCGGAGCCUCCGAGGUCAGCAAGGUCACUGCCAAGGCAGUAGGUGAGACUGCAGCGGGUAAAGGGAAGAAGGAAGUGCUGGAGGAUGGAGCCGAGGUUGUCAUAGCGACCAUCAAAGAGUUCCAGGAAGUGACUCCCCGAGUGAAGGAGGCCAAUGGGACGAACGUGUCGCACCCCAACCAGACCCUGAGAGGAAAUGGGGCGCACGUCUCUGAGCCCUAUGGGUUUCGGGGCUCCUGCAAGUCGGAGCAGCCCCAGUCCAGGCCCCAGUCAGAGGUGGGGUUAGGGGGUGGUUCAGGCCCACCCCUAGAGGGGGACUCUCUGGUGCACACCCCUCCACAGGCCCACCGCGAGGCGUGUGGGUGCCGUACCGUCUACGCCAACUGUUUCAGCGGCGACGUGGAGGACGGCUGCGGCUUUGACGAGGAGCUCACAAUCUACGAGUUCUCCAAACGCACGCGCCCCAAACAAGCCCGCUCUACACCCCUGCCCUCCCCCACCUCCCCUGUCCCCUCCCCCAACAUCCUGUCCCUGCUGAGGGACACCCCUCGCCCUCUCUCUACCCUCUCCACUGCCUCCUCAGAAAUUAGCCCCCUCCUGUCCCGCCCUGUCUCCCCAACACCCCCAACAGGCGCCCUGAGCUCCCUCACCAACAAACGCUACGUGGGGCUGAAGGGGGGCUUCGCCUCCCUGAGGCAGGACAUCGAUCAGCUACGCCUGGUUCUGGAUAGAGGCACGGCUGGGCCACCACCAUCAUCAGAACCCUCUAAAACAGACCAGGAUGGGUGUGGAGAAGAGGGACACAACCAAGACGUGGGGCAAGAGGAUGGUCCGACCCCGUGCUGUGGAGGGGCAAGUCCUCUACCCUUGACAGAGGCUGAGAGGAGUUUACUCCAGGCAGAGGCCCGGCGGUUGGCAACAGGGUGCCAGCGUGCCACGCGUGUGGGCUGGGCUCCGGAGGAGGCGCUUCGGUCCUUAUCCAACAGCUUUAGUGCCCUUGUGCAGCUCUCUGCAGCCUGCCUGAGAACACACCCCUGUCCUGGCUGUGACAUCUGCCUCAAUAGGGGUCAGAUCCACAGCACUGAUGAUGAAGGCCAGGAAGAGGCUCUGGACAAGCUGAAGGAGAUCGUAGGGCUGUACCGGGAGUUUGUUGGGGCUGUGGAGACGGCUGAAACCAGGGCUGGGGCUGGCGGUGUGUCUGGGGAUGGACAGAGGCAGGGAGAGGGCGAGGGGGUCAGGCUGCUGGCCAAACGCUGCACUGUGCUCAUCUCUUCUGUCUUUGCGCUCACGCAGCUGUUCAGGAUGCACUCGCCGGACACGACAGACCUGCUGGGUCAAACACCUCUCCACUUUUGACCUCUGAACUUUUAAAAACCCCUCCUCACCACCAGGACUGAGGUGAGAUGAGGACUUAGUAAGAGAAGGGAGGAGGAUGAAGAGCUGUUGACACGAUUCUUUAGCAAAGUGGGAUCUGGUGUGUGGCCCUACAUACAGUACAGUGCAUACACACUUGUACAGUAAGUGCCAUGCACACCACAGCACACAGAAUAAACACACCCACACCACACACACAUCCAUAAAUGAUGAGAGGAACCUCUUCCACUGACUGCCAUUACUGCUAGGUCUCCCGAUAGACUCAUCUGGAUUAUGCAUUUGUACAUAGGUAUUUUAUAACUAUCUAUCUUAUUUUAUUAAUAUAUUCUGUAUGUGUACGUAUGAAAUAUGUAUGUACGUAUUUAAGUAUGUUUGCACCAUGGUCUAUGACGUGAAGGGACCUGCUGGUGUAAGACCCCGUGGUUAUCACUGGAUUUUGUAUAUAUUGUUUUUGUCAUGUGUGAUUUUCUACCUCCACCCACCUCCCUUCCUCUGACCUGGUGUCUGCUGAGGAGACGAGGGAGCAUUACUUUAUCUUCGGCUUAUUUAGUGAUUCUGUGGAUUCAGUUAAAGUUCAAAUCGGUCAUUUCGAUUUGUCCAUUGGGGGAAAACAGUAUAAAUCACAAACUUUUACAUUUGCCGAGACCCACCCCCUUCAGUUUACAAACAAAUGCAAAAGGGAGCACUAUUGACCGUGAAGGAAAGUUACACUUUGCAGAAGUUACAGAAAUGAACCCUGUGACAAGUGUACACCGUUCCUGGCACCUGACUGACGACUUGUGUGAGAGUGCUUGAACGGAGUAAACACUCAAUAACCCAAAUGCUUAUGCAGCAAUUAUACAGUACAUCAACUUUGAAUCUAAAGGACACAUAUAUUUUUCUGGGGUGGGUUGCGUGGGUGGUGGAAUAGGGGAAAGGAAUUCAUUUGGUAUUUUGUACAAAGUUUUUGACAAGGCUGACUGUUAAACCUAACUAGAUGUAGCAACGAUCCAAAGUCAUUUAACAACGAGCCACAAUUUUACUACUUGCCCAUGUUUAGCUCGGCAGACGGACGGACGGACUGAUCCUGUUUGUGCCAGAGCUGUUGAUAGAUAUACAUGUAUGUCUAUGUUUGUGUUAGUUUGAUUCUAUCUGUCCUUCCUUAGUUUAUGGCUAUGCAAACAUAACCACUACUUUCCUGUUCUCCAACAUAUCACUCCCUGUUACAAUUGUGUUAACGUUAAAGACAAGAAUACCUGUAUAUGUUUUCUAGCCAUUGUAAAUGGAAAUACAGAGCGAUUCCCCUUAUGAUAAUGGGAGAUGUGGAUUAGGAUCACAGGCUAGUUCAGGAUUGCAACGUUCUGCAAUGUUGCAUGUAAUGGGAUGCAACAUGUCCCAACAAAAGGCCUCCAACCUACUGUGUUGUGGGUAAAAUGCAGAGCUGUUUUUGUGACUGGAAACGGUCACAACUCACUGAUCCUGUCAAGAUGCUGUAAACAUAUUCAAUCUGAAGUUUGACUAAAUAAAUUGGUGUUUUUGCCUUU